UCGCUGUUGGACGCGUUUCGGUGGGUUUCGAUUUAAGAACAUUAAUUCAUUGCCUUUUAAUUCGAUUCGAGCUAAGUGUCGGUGAUAAUAAACAGCCAAUAAAAGUGUCAAUAAAAGUUAUAUAAGUUCACAAAUAUCCAGGCUAUAGGAUAUACCUCUGAUAUGUGCGAUAUAUAAUUGCUGUCCGAAAAGGAAGACUACGGAAUGGAGUCCAGCAGCAGUAGCAGUGUCGUUGCGGAGAUGGAAUCCUCCAAUCCCAAUGAUCACGGCCAGACCACCCAGAUCACCUCCAUUGAUGGUUUCUUCAAUCGAAAGCGGGGUCGUCCACCAAAGAAUCGAUUUGUGGAGGUCUACAAGAGCGCCCAGCAAUCGCCGCAGGCCAUCUUCACCAGCUUUAAACUGGAGAGAAGUGAUCACUCUGGUCAUGGCGGGGCACCUGCUACCAGUGGGUCAACGGUGGAUAUUGUGGAGGAUCGUUUGUCAGUAGCAGAUUGCGAUGGCUCAGCCACUGAUCUCACACCUAGUCGGAACCGGAAAAGGGGUCGUGUUUGGGCUCCAUCAUCGUCAUUAACAUUGUCACCUUUGGAUCAGUCGAGCGGGAGAAGCUUUAAUCAAGUCGCCCACUUGACGGAGAGAAGUGAGACACUGUCUCGGAGUAGCCAAAUCGAGUUUAUAGCAAAGCCCACCGAACAGCCUUCAGAACCUUUAGAUGCAAUCACAUCCAAGAAUCUAACGAGCAGACCUCUAGAUAAGGUUUCAGUUGUUCGAGCGGCGGGAACUUUUUACCCAGAGAACGCCAACUCAUCUGCACAUCAAGAAGUAACAGAGCCUGGUGGCUCAACGUACAGCAGUCGCCAGGAAACAGCUGACUUGGAGGUGGACCAACCCGAAGAUCUGAGCAUGCGAACAUCUCUCUCAGAGCAACCUGCCGCAGCAGCGGCAGUGGGACCAGCUCUGAAUAUGAAUCUAUUGCAGUUCAAGCAGCUAAUCGACUUGUACCAGCGACAGGUGCUUCUACCUAGCUUUCUGGCAGCCGCCAGUCAACCCAUGGCUUUACCAGGAUCAGCAGCAGGAGCGGUAUCUGGACCCCUACUUGAUAUGCGUCUGUUGCUAGAGAAUGCGGCUCAUCAGAAGUUGCUGCUCUUAAAUGCAGCUGCAAGUGCCACGGCGAAUGCAGUGGCUACACCAACAAUAGAUUCCAGUCAGAGAAGUACUGUGAAAAGGAUCCGAGAUCAUGAUAUACCAAGUGGCUACCUGAAGUUCCGUUUCAACGAGGACUGCGGCUUCGAGAGGUGUGGCUACCGGAAUCACCAGUCGCAUUUCCAUUGCAAUCGACGGGAUUGCCACUACAGUUUCUGCGACAAGACGCGAUUUGUGCAACAUACGGCGCGGCAUGAACGGAUGGACACGCUAAUGGGUGACGAUUUCCGACAGUUCCGGGCCAACAUGCAAUGCGGGGUGGCAAGUUGUGCUUAUGCCGCUUCGGCAGGAGGAGCUACUGAAUCCACUCCCCCAAAUAGGAUAGAUCCAACAGAGUCUAGUAUGGCAGCUUCCAGAAAGACAUCGCACUUUCACUGCCGGAAAUGCGACUACGUGUGCACGGAUUCCAACAAGGUGGUGGCCCACCGAAGACUGCACCUGCGACAGGAUUACGUGAGAAGUGCAGGAUUCCGCAAGGUGGCCGGAAACGAGCCAUGCGAUUCUCGAGGUUGCUCCUACGCCCAGAGGCACACGCACUAUCACUGCGUCACCUGUGAUGGCGGAGUCCUUUCGCGAGCCCAACUCGCAGCUCACAAACACCGGACACCUUUUCCGAAACAGGAUACGGAAACCAAUCCUUAGUACAUCCUCUGAGAUCCGUUAUCUAAUAGAAUAAAUUAAUGAUGUCAUUUUAA